UGGCUCUUACAACCAACCAUUGGAUCGCCUUAUCCUUGUUUGCUUCUCCAUUAAGACCAAACUCUCUCUCUCUCCUCUCUCUCUCUCUCUAGAAAAAAAAUCUGAGAAACAAAAAUGCCGAGUGGCUGUGAGAUCUGCUGUGAGAUUCUGAUCGCAAUUCUGCUCCCUCCGCUGGGCGUUUGUCUCCGGCACGGCUGCUGCACCGUGGAGUUUUGCAUAUGCUUGCUGCUGACGCUGCUGGGUUACCUUCCGGGAAUUAUCUACGCCCUCUACGCCAUCGUCUUCAUUAAUCGCGACGAGUACUUCGAUGAGUACCGCCGCCCCCUCUACGCCUCCUCCGAUUAAACCAAUUCCUCAGUUAUUUUCCCGCCUCCUCCGAUUAUUGAUGUAAAUGGAAGUAACGGAGUGGCCUUGCAGUGAUGUAGAAUUGCCUUGGGAGAAGCUCAUCAUGUUGUAAAUUGUGGUAGAAAGGGAAUUUUAUAGUAUGCUCCAUUGGCACUAAAAUCUGUCAGAUAAAAUUAUAGUGUACACAAUAUACAGAGUACCUAAGAGUUGUUUGUCUAGCGGUUAGGUUCUUGAUUUUCUCUCUAAGUGGUAUGGGGCUUGAUCUCUCCCACAGUACACACCUAGCAAAUACUAGAGUUUCUUACUCAGCAAAUGUUGUGAGUCAAGCGGAGCCUAGUGAUUAGUUUGGUAAAAAAUUCGGAUACACUUUUCAAAAAACAUUAGUGUAUUUAUAUAUUUACAGGAGCAUAUCAUUAAGCCUGUAGCAGGCUGUUUGGUUAUGAUUGAUGAGACUUAAAUGGCUAUUUGAUGAAUGAUGAUGGGCACUUUUGACACAACCAGAUGAAUAUAGAAAAACUUCAGUGCGUACAUAUCACACAAGCGAGUUGUAUUUUUUCGUAACCAACGGAGCUUUCUUCUAGUUUUUU